AUGAGCAAGAUCUCCAAGUUCUUCAAGGGGGGCGGCUCGGCCGGCUCCAAGGGCCGCGGGGGUCCCUCGCCGCAGGAGGCGCUGGCCCGGCUGCGGGAGACGGAGGAGAUGCUCAGCAAGAAGCAGGAGUACCUGGAGACGCGGAUCGAGCGGGAGCUGGCGCUAGCCCGGCAGCACGGCACCAAGAACAAGCGGGCUGCCUUACAAGCACUGAAGAGAAAAAAGAGGUAUGAGAAACAGUUGAAUCAAAUUGAUGGGACACUUUCGACCAUUGAGUUCCAGAGAGAGGCAUUGGAAAAUUCCCACACCAACACAGAAGUGCUCAAGAAUAUGGGUUAUGCUGCUCAAGCUAUGAAAAAAGUACAUGAAAAUAUGGAUUUGAACAAAAUCGAUGAUUUGAUGCAAGAUAUCACUGAACAGCAAGAUGUUGCCCAGGAAAUUUCAGAUGCUAUCUCAAACCGAGCCACCUUUGGUGAUGAGUUUGAUGAGGAUGAGUUGAUGGCAGAAUUAGAAGAACUGGAGCAAGAAGAACUGAACAAGGGAAUGAGAGAUGUCAGGUUGCCAAGUGUUCCGUCCACAUCGCUGCCUUCUCACCCUGCAUCAACCAGGAAAAGAGCAGAGGAUGAAGAUGAAAUGAAGAAACUGGCUGCCUGGGCUUCAUAAGAGCAUGGUCUUUCUAUAACACCAAACAUUACAGUGCAGAAUGUAAGGAGCUGUACUGCUGUUCUACAACCAUACUGAUGGUGGUUGCAUUUCA